CCUGUCCCACAUCCUCCUUUUCACCUUUUCCGUCUGCCUGUUCUACCCCUCCCGGCUCCGGCCUCCUCUUUCCCUCUUGUCUUAUCCUUUUCUUGCUUAACUCUUCACUCUCCCACUUUCUCUUCUUUUUUCCUCCCGCUCCAUCUGCCACUUCUGCUUGUAGACCCCCUUGCCUACUACCAUCCCUCCAUCUUAAACUUGGGGUUUUAGGCUCCUCCUCGGACGGAGCUGUGUGUUUUGUCCUUCAUUCCCUGUCCUGCUGUGACUCCUCUUUGCUCACUUACUCCUCUGGGCCUAUCUGCUUUCAUUGCCCUCUUUUAGGUUUGAGUGGGUGGGGCCUGGAGUCUGCUUUGCAUAAAUUCUGUAGUAGUGGGGAAGGUGGAAGAGAUUGUGAAGAGAUUUAUGCAAGACUGAGUAAGGAUGAAUGGCUCCACCGGCACUUACUGUCUCCUCCUGGCACAAGAUGUCGUGCCCUCAGGGGCCUAGCAUGCUGUCAGGUAUUGGAAGAAGGAAUGGAAUUGGAAGGAAGAAGAUUCAUUCCAGAGACAAAAUAGGUUCCAUUUCCUAUUGUAGCUGUUUCUUCUGGGAAUAUAAAUUCUCUGCUUUCAGGUUCUGCAGCAUUCCAGAUUACAAACACCAAAUCAGGAUGGGAAAAAGACGUUGUGUUCCUCCCCUUGAGCCCAAGUUGGCAGCAGGCUGUUGUGGGGUCAAGAAACCCAAAUUAUCUGGAAGUGGAACACAUAGUCACGGCAAUCAGUCCACAACUGUUCCUGGCUCUAGUUCAGGACCUCUUCAAAACCACCAGCAUGUGGACAGCAGCAGUGGCCGGGAAAAUGUAUCGGACUUAACUCUGGGACCUGGAAACUCUCCUAUCACACGAAUGAAUCCUGCAUCUGGAGCCCUGAGCCCUCUUCCCCGGCCCAAUGGAACUGCCAACACCACUAAGAAUCUUGUGGUGACUGCAGAGAUGUGCUGCUACUGCUUUGAUGUACUCUACUGUCACCUCUAUGGCUUCCCACAGCCACGACUUCCUAGAUUCACCAAUGACCCCUAUCCUCUCUUUGUGACCUGGAAGACAGGGCGAGACAAGCGUCUUCGGGGCUGCAUUGGGACCUUCUCAGCCAUGAAUCUUCAUUCAGGACUCAGGGAAUACACGUUAACCAGUGCACUUAAGGACAGCCGAUUCCCCCCCUUGACCCGAGAGGAGCUGCCCAAACUUUUCUGUUCUGUCUCCCUCCUUACUAACUUUGAAGAUGCCAGUGAUUACCUGGACUGGGAGGUAGGGGUCCAUGGGAUUCGGAUUGAAUUCAUCAAUGAAAAAGGCAUCAAACGCACAGCCACAUACUUACCUGAGGUUGCUAAGGAACAAGACUGGGAUCAGAUCCAGACAAUAGACUCCUUGCUCAGGAAAGGUGGCUUUAAGGCUCCAAUUACCAGUGAAUUCAGAAAAUCAAUCAAGCUCACCAGAGCAAAGCCAAAGUGCUAUGAAUUCUGUUCUGAUGACCCUGUGAUAUGGCAUAUUCAUCUGGGGAUUGAGACCUUCCUAUAGCCAAGGAUCCAUUAACCUGCUUCAUCAGAAUUUGACCCAGAAUUAGGUAUCGGAGUGAGAAGGUGACAAUCAGUUAUGCAGAAUAUAUUGCUUCUCGACAACACUGUUUCCAGAAUGGCACUCUUCAUGCCCCGCCCCUCUACAAUCAUUACUCCUGACACACGGCUACAUGACCAGUCCCACCCCCCUGUGGCCACCAAUGGCUAUGACAUCAUUGGAGCAGAUGCCUCCUCUUCCUGGUCCAGUUACUUCUAUUACUGCACCAUUUUAUGAUGCUAGCUUCCGUUGCCAAGUCUGCCUCCUGCUGACUGGAGGGUGUGGGGUUACAGUGAAUGCAACAGAACAUGAGGGGCCCAAGCCUUAUAUCAGCCUUUCCUCAUCCUGGGGUUCUGGAUCAGGGCUCCCUAAUAACCAGUGGGAAUGGCUGUGUGGGUUCAGAUUUCAGUUGUCUGGUGAUUUCCCACAUGUGUGUUGGCCACACACGGAAAACUGGAAUUGAUGACGAUCCAUGGAGGCUUCUUCCCCAAUCCCCCACGGCCCACCAGACCAAUUAGGUGUACUCCCCUGGCAGUCUGGGCAACGGAGACCAACAUGAACCACUUAUAGGUUGUUUUAAAUUCCUUUUUUAAACUUCCAGUUUAUUGUGUACCAAGAGUUGAUCACAACCUCCAUGCUUCAUAAGUGAACACCAUGUUAGGGUUGACUGUGGGCACCAUGAGCCCCUGUGAGUCCUGGAUAAGAGAACUGCAACAAGAUCAGAAGUCCUGUUGGAUGGCUUUGCAUUGUGCAAUAAGCUGUGAAGGUUUAAUGCUUACCCGACUCUCAGCUGGACUUUCUGGUACUCUUCCUGCAUUGAAUCUCCUGGUGUUGAACAGAGCUCUGCAGCAUAGCCUGCUGAGGAAUGGAGUGGAGAUGCCCAUACAGGUCCUGAUGUCAUCGUCAUAAGCAGGUGUGAAAAGAGAGAUCUCUUCCUCACCACCCGGCUACCUCAACCCUCUUCUGGUAGCAGUGCCUAUGUAGCUGCAUCUAAGUUCUCAGAAGCACAGACAUGCAAACAGGUGGUUGGGCUGGGCUUUAGGACGCACUGUCACAGGAGAGCUUCCAGGGUCUCUAAGCUGGUUUACUUCACAGGCAAACAUCCUGUGGGACCGACAAGUAGGGCGGUUCUUUUUUUUUCCGAUUUGCCUGCAGAAGUGGGAAGACUUGAUAUAUCAGUCCUCAGUAGGACUCUAGAACAAAGCUGUGUAAUAAAACAAGGUGAACCUUUUAACUUGCCUGCCACACUGGGACUCUUCACCUCACCGGUGUAAAUGUCAAUUGCUCGUGUUGCUCAUUUAAACCCUUGACAUUCCCUUUCCCAUCUUUACUCAUUCCAAAAUAGCUGUCAGCAAAUUCUUUUCACUCACUUGGUGGCAAAAUGUAUAGCACUAGGAGACCAGGGAGGGGCUCUGAAAGCUCAAAGGCACUGCUCAAGCAGCUCAAAGGAAGAGACAGGCAGCUGCAAGAGAGGUUCCUGAGGAUGGCGAGCAGGUUUCAGCACCGCUCACAGAGAACUAACUCAUGAGGCAGAUCAGGCCUGAGUCAGUGAAUAUAUGCUUUGAUUUCUUUUUCAGAAUUGAUGUGAUGGUGUGGGUUUCCAAAAUGGGCAAAUAUUCGGGUCAAAAGAUCAUCUGAGUUUCUUCUGCCAGGAAUGGAGGAAGGGAAGUAGGGGUACUUCCUUUGUGAUUCUAGGCAUCAUCCUCACGUUCCUGGAAUUUUUUUCUUUCUUUUUGGAUUUUUUUUUUUUUUUUUUUUUUUUUUUUUAAACAGGGUGGGUUGGUUGUGGCAGGAGUGAUCAAAGACCUGGAAUGGAUGAGAGAGGUGCUGAUUACAUUGGAAUGCCCAGGAUGCAUGCCCCUUACUGCCAGGUUUGGUUCCUUUCCAUACAUAAAGGGGUCUCAUGGUUUCUUGCUGCUGAGGGUAAUGAAGGUGAUGUUAUAGACAAGUGUGACAGGUGCUCUCAGGUGCCAUGGAUUGAUGUCAGGGUGGUCAGUUCUGGACUGAGCCACCCACCUCCAAUUUGUACAACAGUAUUGAUACAUAGGGCUACACUCAUUACUGUUCAGGCGUUCUAUGUUAAGAGUUGUGUUUUAUUUCUAAAGAUUUAAAGCAAAAUGCAAAAAAAAAAAAAAAAAUGGUGCUAAACUUCACCCCUGAGCACUCUUGGUGAGACUGGUCAUGCAAGCAUCUACAGUGCCAUGCUCCUCAAGCCUGUUUUUCUUGUAGAAAUGUUGCCCUAUCUGUCUUCCCCAAUGUAUAGUAUGUAUUUUAUUUUAUUGAGGGUGGGGUAGAAUACCUGCCAUUUAAGAAAAUGAACAGAAAAAAUUUAAGGCGUAAGAAGGCGGGGGUGGGGAUGAGUGAACAUGAAUCCGGCUGGCAGUAGGCUCAGUGCUUUCGGAGUGAAGAAGCCUUAUUCCCUGCACGUUCCCUCGUGUUCCACAGAGGUCCAGCAGUGGAAAUGCUCAAGUUCCUCUUGCCUUGUUAAGGGGACUAGGGAGUCAGGCAAGGAAACUAUUUGGCCCAAAAGAAAUGGGCUCUAUUGGUAUCUGUCCUGAGCAGAGCCUAAUCAUUCAGGAAGAAGUCUGGAAGUGCACAGUCUUGGUCACCUUAUGGGAAUGUGUGGCAGAUGGCUCUCAGGAAAAAAAUAUCAAGUGUGGAUUGUCCACAUGGUGGCUUUGCAUUGGAAGGUGAUGCUCUUAACUAGAACUCAGCUGCCUUCUACACGUUGACCAGAGCAGUGGUGAGGGUGGCCAGUAUGGGGCCAGUAAGUGAUGGUUGAGGAAAAGGGACCGUUUCCUGCCAAAUGUUUCCUUUGACUGUAGGCUGCUCCAACUAAAAGAGGUCCCCACUGUUAUCAAAGAACCAGCCGGACUCUGCUGGCUUGGUUUGGAAUUUGUUUCAUCCCUAGCUGUGAGUGCCUUUAGGUCUGGGAAAGUUGGCUUGUCUCAUCAUACCCACAGCUAGGACACACUCUGUAAUUAUGAAUUGUCCUUGUUUUCCUGAGCUAAAAGCGAAUGUCUUUGAUCACUAGAGUUUGUCAGUGUUGGGUUGUUUCCACUGUGAGGUUCUUAAAACGUUUUCGCUUCAUAAUGUUAAAAAUAACUCAUGUUAGAAACCCUUUCUACAUGAAAGGUUUGUAGUUGAGAUGUUACAUAUAUUUUACUGUUUAUAAUAAAAAUCAUCUAUACAAAAGUCUUGGGUGUUAAUUUUAAUAUUUUGCACAAGAUCUGUUUUCCACACUAUGUUAACAUCUACAAUUUCACUAACUUGGUGUUACUUUCUAUUGAGAUUUCUGGAGCCUAAAAAACUAGGUGUUCUUUAUGUUUUUACUUUAUUUUUAUUUUGUUUCCUCGAAGCAAGAAACUGUAUGGCCUUCACUGCAAAGACUUCAGACCAAUUAUUUGUAUUCCAUUUGGUUGCCUCUUGGCUAUAUAACUUCUGAGUACAAGUCAUCAAGGUCUUGAAUGAAGUAUUGUAGAGAAUAAAUCAUAAUGGAUACAAA